CAUGGAGGAGGCGGAUCGAAUUCUCAUCCAUUCCCUGCGCCAGGCUGGCACUGCAGUUCCUCCAGAUGUGCAGACUCUUCGAGCCUUCACCACUGAGCUGGUUGUAGAGGCUGUGGUCCGCUGUCUGCGUGUGAUCAACCCUGCCGUGGGCUCUAGCCUCAGCCCCUUGCUGCCUCUUGCCAUGUCUGCCCGGUUCCGCCUGGCCAUGAGCCUGGCCCAGGCCUGCAUGGACCUGGGCUAUCCCUUGGAACUUGGCUAUCAGAACUUCUUAUACCCCAGUGAGCCUGAUCUUCGGGACCUGCUUCUCUUCUUAGCUGAGCGCCUUCCUACUGAUGCAUCUGAGGAUGCAGAUCAACCUGCAGGUGACUCAGCUAUUCUCCGAGCCAUUGGGAGCCAAAUCCGGGACCAGCUGGCUCUGCCCUGGGUCCCGCCCCUCCUUCGCACUCCCAAGCUGCAGCACAUCCAGGGCUCAGCCCCCCAGAAACCUUUCCAUGCCAGCAGGCUGAUCGUGCCUGAGUUGAGUUCCAGAGGAGAGCUACGGGAGUUCCAGAGGAGUCCCCUGCUACCACCAGCUCCCACCCAGGUACCCCAGCCUGCUGGUAGGGCAGCCUCGCUCCUUGAGCGCCAUGCCAUCCAACUCUGCAAGCAAACAGCCUGGGACCACUCAGGGGAUGAGGACUGGCUACGCCGGACAUCUCGCCUCCCAACCCAGGAGGAUACAUGGGCCCAGCGCCAGCGGCUACAGAAAUAUCUGGCUGAGCACCUUCGCCAAAGCUGGGGUCCACUCGGGGCCCCGCCACAAGUCCGAGACCUGGGAGAGCUGCUGCAGGCCUGGGGAGCUGGGACCAGGACUGGUGUCCCCAAGGGCUCUCAAUUCACGCAUUCAGAGAAGUUCACCAUUCAUCUGGAGCCCAAGACCCAGGCAACCCAGGUGUCCAAUGUGCUGGCCAGCACCCUACAGCCUGAACAGGACAUGUGGGCAGCUCAAGAAAAGGAAUUAGAGUCCCUUCGGGAGCAGUUAGAGGGAGUGAACCACAGUAUCGAAGAGCUUGAAGCCAACAUGAGGAUGCUGGGAAUCAGCCUUGUGCAAGUAGAGACUGAGUGUCAGCAGAGUGAGCUCAGCGUGGCGGAGCAAGAGCAGGCCCUGCGCCUGAAGAGCCGGGCCGUGGAACUGCUGCCUGAUGGGGCUGCCAAUCUUGCCAAGCUGCAGCUCGUGGUAGAAAGUAGUGCCCAGCGGGUCAUCCACUUGGCAAGUCAGUGGGAAAAGCACCGAGUCCCACUCCUUGCUGAGUACCGCCACCUUCGGAAGCUUCAAGAUCGUAGAGAGCUGGAAUCAUCCCGAAGGCUGGCAGAGAUUCAGGAGCUGCACCAGAGUGUUCGGGCAGCUGCUGAAGAGGCCCGCAGAAAGGAGGAGGUCUAUAAGCAGCUGGUGUCAGAGCUGGAGACUCUGCCCAGAGAUGUGUCCCGGCUGGCCUACACUCAGCGCAUCCUGGAGAUUGUGGGCAACAUCCGGAAGCAGAAGGAAGAGAUCACUAAGAUCCUGUCUGACACAAAGGGCCUUCAGAAGGAAAUCAACUCCCUCUCUGGAAAACUGGACCGGACAUUUGCAGUGACUGACGAGCUCGUGUUUAAGGAUGCCAAGAAGGAUGAUGCUGUUCGGAAGGCCUAUAAGUAUCUAGCUGCCCUUCAUGAGAACUGCAGUCAGCUUAUCCAGACCAUUGAGGACACAGGCACCAUCAUGCGAGAGGUUCGAGACCUUGAGGAGCAGAUCGAGACAGAGAUGGGCAAGAAGACCCUCAGCAACCUGGAGAAAAUCCGUGAGGACUACCGAGCCCUCCGCCAGGAGAAUGCUGGCCUCCUGGGACGGAUCCGUGAGGCCUGAGGAGUCCUCAGCCCAGUUCUCCCCCGGGCCUUAGGUGGUGCUUUGGAGUAUUGGAGUUGAUGACCAAUGCUUAGCCUAGCUAUUCCCUCUACCAUCCAAUUCCUCCUGAUGUAGCCUUGGACCCCAGUCCCUGCCUCCCCCCUGCCCACCUGACCCCCACCCUUAUCUGGGAUGAUUGUCCAGAGUAUGGGAGACAGGCUACAAUUUAUUGUGAAGAGGACUGGGGCCUUGGAUCCCAAAUAAAUGAGCAGCCCUGUCUGCAGGCUAA